CAAAAACGGAUUAACAAAAAACGAAAUAAGAAUUAAAAACUAAUUAGCAAAGCAAUUGUUAUUAAAAAGAUCCUUAAGGGUCUGAUCGUCUAUCUUGCUAUUUUAUUCGAUUUUACAAAUAGUUUGGAAAAAUCGCAACAAAAUAUCUACAGUUAGUUAUAUUUUUAUUAUUAUUAUGGUUUAUGAUAUAGAGCAUCAUUUCCCAAAGGUUGGUAGGAAUCCUUUAGAAUAUCAUUUAAGUUAUCAAAUACCAUCGCAUCAAUGUGAAAAUAUACCAUUACAACCACCUCCAUCAAUGCCGACAAAUUCACCAACAACAACAACUACAACUACAAGUUCAACACGACGUAGAACGAUGCCUAUAACGCAUUUAGAUCCAUCGGAAUUAAUAGGUUUAUCAAGAGAGGAAAGAAGAAGAAGACGUCGUGCUACUUUAAAAUAUAGAACAGCUCAUGCAACAAGGGAAAGAAUUCGCGUUGAAGCAUUUAAUGUAGCAUUUUCUGAUUUAAGAAAAUUGUUGCCAACAUUACCUCCAGAUAAAAAAUUAUCGAAAAUUGAAAUUUUAAAAUUAGCAAUUUGUUAUAUUGCUUAUCUGAAUCAUGUACUAGAAACAUAAUUUUUAAACUUCGCGUCUCGCCACGAAACAAAAAUUAAAAAAAUAACUCACUCAAGAAAUAAAAGAACGGCUCUCAGAUAAUUCAUCUAUUGAAAAAAAAUAAGCUUCGUUGUUAUUUUUGAAACAAUAAUACAAUUUGUGAAAAACCAAAUAAUAACUUUUAUUGAAAAAAAACACGUUCACGAUGUUUGUAUAAUAAGAUGAGUUCAAAUUUAAUUCAGUCUCGUGAAGGGACCUAAGUUUAAUUUUGUCCCUUAUGAAUUACUAUAACG